AUGCAGCUGCCACCGACGCUUGUGGAUUACCUGAUAGUCUUUGUCCUAUGUGUUGUGAUCUUCAACUCAGUAUAUACGCGAUGGCUUAAGAUUUCUCCGCAUUUCCCCCCCGGUCCACAACGACUUCCGCUCAUAGGCAAUAUCCAUCAGAUUCCUUUCGAAUACCAGCAGAGGAUGUUUGCAAGUUGGGCCAAACAUCAUGGCGACAUCAUUUACAUGCAGCUCUUUCAUAAGCCAUCUAUUAUAGUUGAUUCGGUACGCGUCGCCCAAGAACUGAUGGAAAAGCGAGCCUCCAAGUAUUCCGACAGACCACAGUUUGUGAUGGUGAAGGAGUAUUUGCAGCCCAAACCAAGCUUGGUCUUCAUGUCGUGGGGCGAGAAAUGCCGUCGGCUUAGGAAGUUUUUCCAAUCCGCGCUCGAAAACAAAGCAGCUCUUGAAGGGUAUCGCCCAUUGCAGAGAAGAGAAAUUCAUCGUUUACUUCGAGAUCUUGCUCAGUCACCUAUGGGUUUUAUGGCGCAUGUCAAAAGGUAUGCUGGCGCCAUCAUACUAGAGAUCGACUACGGUCAUCGUGUCACCUCCGCGCAAGACGAGUGGAUGGUGUAUGUAGAUCACACAGUAGACGAGUUCACCACAACCGGCAGUCUCGCAGCAAGUCUCGUCGAUUUCCUCCCGCUGAUGAAGCAUAUUCCAUCAUGGAUGCCUGGCGGCGGGUUUAAAAAACGCGCCUUGAUCGUUGGAGCGAAGGUGAGAGACAUGAUGGAAAUACCUUACAGAAAGGUGCAGAGAGAUAUGGCAUCCGGAUGCGCGAAGCCGUCCUUCAUGACAUCCCUUCUGGAAAAAAUGACACAAGAUGGGUGCUUAUCCGCGGAGGAAGAGUACGAUAUCAAAGCAUCUUGCCUCGUCAUGUACACAGCUGGUUCUGACACUACAAUUACCUCACUGAUGACAUUCAUUUUGGCCAUGGUUCUUCAUCCGCAUGUCCUCGACAAGGCUCAAGCUGAGAUUGAUCGAGUCAUAGGGAGCGAACGUCUUCCUGAACUAGAUGAUCGAGAGGCCUUGCCAUAUGUCGAUUGUAUUGUGAAAGAAGUGUAUAGGUGGAAUCCUCCCUCCGCAAUAGGAAUCCCCCAUCGUGUCAUGGAAGACGAUAUUUAUCGUGGCUAUGUGAUCCCAGGAGGCGCAACUAUCAUUCCUAACAUCUGGUCCAUGGGCCAUCAUACAGACAUAUAUUCCGAUCCUGAGAAAUUUUUCCCGGAGCGUUUCGAGGAAAUGGAUACUCAAACAGCUAACCAGAAAGACCCCCGGAAAUUCAUCUUUGGCUUUGGCAAACGAAUUUGCCCUGGGCGGUACCUCGCAGAUGAGACUGUUUGGCUUGCAAUUGCGAACAUCCUAGCAACAAUGAAUAUACAAAAAUGCCGCGACCCAUCUGGGCAAGAGAUCACCCCAAUCCCAUCAUUCAAAACCGGCAUCGUGAGCCAAGUAGACCCGUUCUUGUGUGAGAUCAAACCACGCACGGAGAAAGCAGCCAAUCUCGUCGGACAACACAAUGCGGGCGAUGUGUAG